GAAUUUUUUGUAAGCCCGUCUGCUGAUGUUUUCGUCGCUGCGGCCAAUAAUUUGAUUUUCAUACCGUUUGCGUAUUCCGCAGAGUCCACUUAACGCGCUCGAAAAAUCGCAAAAAACACAAGUAACCGGAUCGGCCGAGAAGUUUUCGUAAACACACUUUAGUUGGCCUGCAUUUUGCAUAAUUUACGCAACGAAGGCAACUGCGUGAGUGCACCACACACACACACGAGCACAGCGGCGCGAAAGAGAGCGAAGAGAGUGAGGAGCGCAGGCGAGUUGGCAGCCAAAGGCGAAAAAUCAAAGUCUGUCGAAAAUCCACUAUAUAAAUAGCCCAAAAUGACGCGCUUGAAACAUUUCUCAGCAUAGAAACGACCAUCAAUCGACUAAAGAUUAAAAUAACACCCAACGACCGGGCAAAAGGAAACAAAGUGCCAAAGCAACGCAACGACGCAUAAACGCUAGUUAGUAAAAGUGCAUAAAAUUAAUAAAAUCUAUUUCUUUCUUUCGCCAAUAAAAAGUGAUUUAAAUCUGUCACCAUGUCGCGUUCAAGUAGUUUGUUUUUCAACUCGUCUGCCAAGUUAGAGACUAAAAAACUUAAUUGAUUCGACUGAAAAGUGUAAGAUAAAGCAGGCAGAAGAGAGUAAAAAUAUAAAAGAAAUCCCAAUCGAAACCAGUUUUGUGCAGAAGAAUCGCGAAGAGUGUUCCAGAAAAGUGCAACCACACAUUCCCAACACAGUAUAUAAUUUACUAAAGUAAUAUUUAGCUAAAGCCAGGGACUCGACCCACGCCCACACCACCCACUUCGGUUAAUCUCUCUUGGUUAUUAAGGGUUAAUCGCCUAAUGGCAAGUUCGCUCAACAAGACGAGACACAGGCGCAGACUGGCUGCGAUCUCGUUCCUAUCGAAUAUCUCGUUAGAUGGCACCCAUCGGGACACCAAAUUCGGCGCAACAUUCGGCAGCAGCCUGCUCUGCAACCAGAAUAAGAACCCAUCAUCGCUGGGACUCGGCUCGGGGGGCUUUCAUCCGCACUAUCAGCAGCACCACCAUCAGCGCAGCCACUCGGCGACGCACCACAACCACCAGAAGCGGCAUCAUCCGCAGCAGCAGCAGCAGCAACAUUCGCAACAGCAGCAGCAGCAACAGCAGCAGCAAAACCAUCAGCAACAGCAACAUCAGCAGCAAAAUGGCUCCCUCUGUUCGCCGCUCCUCUGCAGCGCCGAUGUCCACAUGGGCAUCGAUGGCGGCAUCGGGAUCGGCAUCGGACUGGAGGACGGCACCGCCGGCGCCAGCGAUGGGGACGGGCAUUUUAGUGAAACUGAAAAUAUGGGUCAAUACCUGAUGAACGUCCUGCCGGCCGCCGACCACAAUCGCAGCAGCGUUGUGCCGGCCGAGAGACGCAACAUAAAGCGGCCGACCUCGUCGGGUCGUCAGAACCACCAGGUUCCGGGCAGUGGCAAUAUGAGCAUUAAGCUUCAACAGCAGCAGCAGCAGCAACAGUUGCAGCAAAAGUUGCAGCAGCAACAGCGGCAGGCACGGAGUUGCACCGCCGGCAGCGGAGGAUCGGGUGCCGAGAGCGGCAGCGAUUCGGACAGCGUCAAGAUACCGCUCAAGGUGUCCAAUCUGGGCAGCGGCGGUGGCGUCGCCGGGGGAGCGGGCAGCAAGCUUUUGCCGCUAAGGGAACGCACCUUCAGCAAUGGGGCAAGCGAUCAGAACUUGCAGCCGGAGAGGAGGGCGCGUUUGAAUACGGCGCCGGGGAUGCGGGCGGGCUCCAAUUCGAGCAUUGCCAUGGGAGGCGGUCUGAAACGCACCUAUGUCUUGAGCGGAUCGAGCGUUAGCCACAUCACCGAUGACAGCAGCACCGAGAGCCUGACUCCGGCGGGCAACUUUGCGGGCAGCUUCCGGAACAGCCUGAGCAAGUCGGUCCAGAUCAGCGAUAGCCGGCGAGGAACCUCCGGCCAGGCUUUGGGAUUGGGACAAGGCCGGGAUGAGCGAAUGGUGCUGGUAUCGCGCAAGAUUCCGUUCUUCAUCUUCUCAUCGCUGCCCUAUUACAAGGGCAAGAAUGGAAGAGCUGAGUUUCGCAAAGAGGAUCGUCGUCGUCGGAAUCCAUCCACUUCACGUCCCUUGAGUUCCAUUAAUGAUGCACCCUUCGAUCCAUUUGAUUUGCUGGGAAUACAGAAGGCCGAGAGUGGUCAGGACAUUUCAUACGGCCAUUUGCUGAUACCUUCACGUCAGUACGAAAAGGAGCGGAAAAAGCAUGGCAAUGCAUCGGCGAAUCCUUCCAUCUUCGAGAAUCAAAUGGAGAUCACGGGCACAGCGGCGCUCAAAAAUCAUGGCAUUGCGAGCACAAAAACCAUAACCAAACGUCAAGGCAAAUGGUGUUUCACGUAUGAGAACAACAACCGAAACAAUGCAACAAGUCCGACGCCAGAUAGCAAGUUGGAUUUGGACAUUGAGAGCGUUAUCCUGGCCGGAGAUUCAGCACGCAACCAGCAGUACUCGGCCAGCAUCUUGGACGAUCCGGAGUUAAUUGCCGGAAAGCAUCGCACUCUGUUGACCUUCACUUCGUACAUGACCUCGGUCAUCGACUAUGUGCGUCCUUCGGACCUGAAGAAGGAGUUGAACGAUAAGUUCCGCGAGAAGUUCCCAACCAUCCAGCUAACGCUGAGCAAGCUGAGAAGCAUUAAGCGGGAGAUGCGCAGGAUCAACAAACUGGACUCGCGCAUCGAUCUGGUGACCAUUUCGCAAGCGUACGUGUACUUCGAGAAACUCAUCCUGGCCAAUCUGAUCAACAAGAGCAACCGCAAGCUGUGCGCCGGCGCCUGUCUGCUGCUCAGCGCCAAGAUGAACGACGUGAAGGGCGAUGCCCUCAAGAGCUUGAUCGAGAAGACGGAGAGCGUGUUCCGGCUGAAUCGCAAGGAGCUGAUCUCGUCGGAGUUCGCUGUGCUGGUGGCGCUGGAGUUCAGCCUGCAUGUGAAUCGGCACGAGGUCCUGCCGCACUACCAGCGGCUGCUCUACGAGUCCUAGGAGUGGCCCAAGCGCUGCGCCGAGAAGAGCUUCUUGGCGGCAGCGCAGGCGGUACAGCAGUUGUGUCGCAAGGGCAGUCGCAAGUAGGAGGCGUUCGUACUUAUAGCAUACUUUCGGGUGUCGGGUUUGCAACGAUCAUAAUAUUAUUGCCUAGGCUUAAGGAGUAGCUACAUAAGAUUUGCUAAAACGGUCAAAAAAAAAAAAAACAAAAUGAAAAACACAAAAAUAUAUUUCACAUAUACGAUUAUCCCCUUUCCCCUGGUUUUUAGACUCAUAAGUGUUUAUGUUUACAUAUAUUUUCUUGGGUUUCUGUUAUAGACAUUUCAAAAAUGAAUAAACUAAAGUUAACCAAACGAACCCCA